AUGCCAUUUCAAAAGAAAAUUUCUACAGUUAAUCGUCAAAAACAAGAAACUUCGAAAAGAAACACAUUAGACUUAAUAAAUUGUACUAUAUCUAAUAAUGAUUCUUAUUCUUAUUCUUAUCCUGAAUCACAACAUCUACAAACGAAUUUUAUUGUAUUUAGUAAUGAUACUUAUCCUUAUCCUGGAUUACGACAUCUACGAACGAAUUUCAAAUGUCAAAUUGUUAUAGCUCAACGUUUAAAUAAAACAAUGGUAUUUCCCAAAACUGUUGGUAUUCCGAAAUAUCAUUCACAAUCCUUUUUAUAUCCAAAUCAAAAAAAGUUUAUAGAAAUACCAACUGAAAGCAUCAUAAAUAUCAAACUAUUAUCAUCAUAUUUUGAUAUUGUUUCAUAUGAUGACGUCAUUAUUAAUCACAAUAAUUCAGGUAUAUGUUCGUUUGAUAGUCUUCCUCUUGUUCAAAAAUAUCGAUAUUGCUGCUGGCAAGAAUUAUGCUCAUAUAAUCCACCACAAUUUUCAACAAAAUAUUCUAUGAAACACAUAGAAGAUAAUUUUCAUCGUCAUCAACAGCCAAUUUAUCUACAUAAACUAGCACAUAAAUUGAUUUCAAAAAUCAAACCAGACUUUUACAUAGCAAUUCAUAUCAGGCGAGGCGAUCAACUGAAAAAACCUCGAUUCCAGAAUAAGCUUGAUAGUUGUACACGACCAUCUUGGAUAAGAGAAAAGUUAAAUUCCUACGGUAUCUUAAAUGGUUCAAUUUAUCUAGCAACAAAUGAAUAUAAACCUAAUUUCUUUCAUUCCUUAUCGCAAUGGUAUACAAUAUAUACAAUACAGAAUUUCUCAAUGUAUAUAAAUGAAACUACCAAACAAAAUCCAUAUGCCUUAGUUAUCAUUGAUGAAAUUAUUUAUUCAAACGCAAAAGUGAGAUUUUCAACAUUUAUUGAACCGUAUACAAAUCUAUCUUUUUGUCCAUUUGGUCGAGCUGGUCUUCCAAAACAAAAUGGUACUUCAAAUCUAGUCAAACAUGUCUUAAGCAAAAUCUUGGCCAAGAUCUUGGGUACAGAUAAGUGA